GUCCCUGCGCCCGUCGCCAUCGCUCCAUUCAGUGCCCCCUCGCGUCGUCCAGCUAUCCCGUGUCGUACGUCCUGAAGGCCUCUUCUUAUUUCGAGCCCCCCGGCCCUCCUCCCACCCGGCCGCUGCGUCUCCGAGCUGCCUGAGCUCAGCUUGCUGCCAUCUUUUGCUGUCGGCUUCAGGCCCCUUCCUGCGUCUGUCAUCCGCUGGGUCUGUUCUCGGAGAUGAGGAGAUCGUCUCAGGGGAUGAUGAGCCAGAGCCACGACGCGGGCGACGGGAGGGGGCUGCUGGCCUGCUACGUCAGGGCGAAGCCGAGGCCGUCCAAGUGGGACGACGCGCAGCGGUGGCUCUCCUCCUCCCGGGCGCCCGACGACGACCGGCGCCGGAGCUCCUGCGCCGACGACCGGCUGCUGCUGCCCUCGGCGUCGCAGAAGGGGAGGCACUCGUGGAGCGCCGCGGACGCCGCCGCCGUGCCCGCCGCGGCGGCGCCCGGCGCGCAGGACGACGGGGACGCGGAGGGGGAGGCGGAGACGGAGACCAAGAGGGUGGACUCCGUGCUGGCGUACGGGCAGCAGCCGAGGUGCCUCUCGCUGCGGGACAUCGGCACAGAGAUGACGCCGACCGGGAGCAAGGAGCCGUCCAGGGCCAACACCCCACGCGCCACCCUGGCGGCGCCGACCUCCACGGCGGGGCGCGCGAGCGGAACCCACGCGUCGCGGCGCCGGCCGGACGGCAGAUCGCCAUCGGGCCACGCCUGCAAGGGCGCCGCCGACGCCGAGGGGCGCGAGGAGGAUGCGGCGGCCGGCGCGUCGCCGGCGGCGGCGGUGUCGCCCGCCACGGCGUGGGACGCAGCCGAGCGCGCCAAGCACAUGGCCAGGUACCGGCGCGAGGAGAUGAAGAUACAGGCAUGGGAGAACCGGCGGCGGCAGAAGGCCGAGCUGGAGAUGAAGAUGACCGAGGCCAAGGCGGAGAGGAUGAAGCUGCGGGCGCGGGAGAAGACGGCGAGCAAACUGGCCUCGGCGCAGGCGGCGGCGAGGGAGAAGCGCGCGGCGGCGGAGGCCAAGCUGAGCCGCCACGCCGCGCGGGUCGGGGACAAGGCCGACGUGCUGCGGCGGACCGGGCACCUGCCGCCGUCCUCCUCCUCCGGGUUCUUGCUCAAGCUGCCGCUGAUGUGCAGCUGAGCGCCGCUCUGUCCGGGCAGCGGGGCUCGUGCACGCGCAGAGCGCGCCGCGGGGGGGGGGGGGGACUUGGGACGUCGCCCGUGCGUGUUCCCGGGCGUUGCGGUGAUACGUUAUACGUGGCCGAGCGCUGGUGCGCGCACGUUUUUGUCUUCUGUUCUGAUGGAGAGCGCACGUGCGGCGUGGCAGUCAGAGGGUGGUGGGGUGUUCAGUUCCGAGAGUGUGGACUCCGUGGUUGCGACUCGCGACGUUACUCGUGUCCUCUUUUCGACCGUGAGGGAUUUGUGAUGCGGCAGCACAGAUAGAGG